UUUAUCAUCCUCAUUGACGCGGUCACACUGUCGUCGUCAAACGGAAAAUUUGGUGGAAAAUUAUGAGCGUGAAUUACGAACAAAAUACGGCAGAUGAGCAAUUCGCCCGGGCACACAAGGCAGUCAGUCUGUCGGACGACGAGGACGGCGAGGAACCAGUCGAAACCACGUCCUCCCAAAGCCAGAGGCCACCAGUGAACAGUAAACCAGGCCAGGAGUUCUAUGAGGAGCCGGGCGGGAAAAACGAAGGAAGUGAUGGCGAUGAUCAGGAGGAGCAGGAAGCGGAGUCAGCCGGGGGAGCAGCCAACACGCAUGUAGUGGCUCACCACUACAACGAGCUAAAGGAGGCUGGACGAAAGGAUCGCGAAAAGUCAAAGAUCUUUUUCAUGCGAAACUUUAACAACUGGAUUAAGAGCCAGCUGAUCAACGAGUACAUGUCGCAGAUCAAGGAUCAGAGGCGAAUGGGUGACGCCUUAAGGGUCCUGGACAUGUGCUGUGGCAAGGGCGGUGACCUCCUUAAGUGGGAGAAGUCAAACAUCUCCCACCUCAUCUGCACGGAUAUCGCCGAGGUGUCCGUGGAGCAAUGCCAGCGGCGGUAUCAGGACAUUUUACAGCGAGCUGAGAAGUCCAAGUUCGCCAACAAGUUUACCGCUGAGUUCUUUGCCUGCGAUUCCACGUUGGUGCGCCUGCGGGAGCGGUAUAAGGAUCCUUCGCUGCAACUGAAUCUGGUAUCCUGCCAGUUUGCCUUUCACUAUUGCUUUGAGUCCAUGGCGCAGGCGGAUUGCAUGAUGCGAAACGCAGCCGAGUGUCUGAAGCCGGGUGGCUUUUUCAUUGCCACCAUGCCCGAUGCCUACGAGAUCGUUCGGAGGCUAAAGGCAGCCGGACCGGAUGCCCGGCGUUUCGGCAACGAUGUGUACAGCAUAGAGUUUGACUGCGAAACAGAUCCGUUGCCCCUGUUUGGCGCCAAGUACCAGUUUCACUUGGAGGGCGUCGUAGACUGCCCCGAGUUUCUGGUGCACUUCCCCACCCUGGUCAAGCUGGGUCGAAAGUACGGCCUGCAGCUGUUAAGGCGAUCGACAUUUGCCGAUUACUACAAGGAGAGCUUGCCCCACGGUCGGCACCUCCUGCAGCGCAUGUCCGGCUUGGAGUCGGUGCAAACGCAGCGUUGUGAAAGCGAUGAACAGUUCUCCCAUUUGCGAAACUUCCAGGCAUCGCAGCGUGGUCGGCCGGUGGGAACGCUCUCCAAAUCGGAGUGGGAAGCAGCAACUCUCUAUCUGGUUUGUGCCUUUAAGAAAUGCAAAAACACCUGGGAUACCAAUGGCAAACCAGUGUUUGAGUUCGACGACUGAUUAUUGCCAAAAAUGUGCGUGUAUUAGAUUAUGUUUUGUAUCCGUCGCCCAACCUUGUCAAAGAUUAUACUCGAAAGCAUGAACAGAUUAUUACUACUAAAAAGAUAAGUUUGUAGUUCAACGUUGUAAACUUAAAUAUACAAUUUCUUGUGUUCAUAGGUUCCAGUUAUACAAUUUUACUUUUGUUCACCCAUCAACAAAGCAAAACAGUUUUUUAACAUCAAUAUUUUUAUGAAAUGAAACAACUUUAGUUUUUUUUAUUCACUGAUUCAAGUGCGUACUCUAGUUAGAAAGAAAUUGUAAAAUAUAUAUUGAUACCAUAAAUAAAGUAAAAAAGUGUUUUGUAAAAAAUAAAGGGCAACACUUUGAUAAAGCCCUUA